AUGGCACCGACACGCUCGAAUGAGCCCUCAGCAGGCCAUUCACCUCACCAUGAUGCCGUCCAGACAAACGACGAGGAGGCCAUCGCCACCACCACCACCACCACCACGACAACCGCCUCAAACGGCUACGCCUACGGCUCCCAGCUGAACCCAUCACCGCCCCCGAAACCAAUCGUCCCGUCUCCCCAACGCGCCCUCGCCCCGGACCUCCUCCGCGGCCUGCUCAUGCUCUUCAUGGCCAUGGACCACAACACCGUCGGCCUCAACGCUUGGCGCCACUCCACCGGGCCCGACGAGGGCGAGCGCGACUCCUUCGUCGUCCACUCCUGGACCUGGUGGCUCGGCUACGUGAUCCGCACCCUCUCCCACCUCUGCGCCCCCGGCUUCACCUUCCUCCUCGGCAUGGGCGUCGUCUACUUCGGCCGCUCGAGGGCCAAGCUGGGCUGGUCUCCCGCCCGGAUGGCCCGGCACUUCGUCGUCCGCGGCGCCGUGCUGACCCUCGUCUCCGUCGUCCUCGGCUGGGUCCUGACGAUGGGCCAGUUCUGGUUCAUGAACGUCAUCCUCGUCGCCCUGGCCGUCGACUACGUCCUCGUCGGGUUCCUCUGGCUCGGCGUCGCGGCCACGGAGCCGGCGCUGGCUCGUCUCCUCGACCGCUUCGUCGUGAAGGACGACGGGGGCGAGAGGACGCCUCUGAUCGAGCACGCCGGCCACCACACGCCCUCCGAGACCAAGCCGUCGCGCCGCGCGGAGACGAUCUCGUGGCACGUCCACAACGCCGUCCUCCUCGUCCUCUCCUUCGUCACGAUCUGGUGGAACCACUGGCUCUCCGAGACCAACGGCUCCUGCACCACCUCAACCCACGCCACGCCCGCCAACGACUUCUGGCGCUUCUGGUUCUUCGAGGUCAUCAGCCCCCACGUCGUCUCCCCCUUCCCGCCCCUCGCCUGGCUCUCCUUCGCGAUCCUCGGCCUCCUCUACGCGCGCGUCAUCGUCUCCCGCCCGCUGUCCGUCUCGACGCAAAUCUGCGGCAACGCGGCCGCCGGCCUCUUCUUCUCCGUCCUCUUCGUCCUCACCCGCGUCCUCCGCGUCGGCAACCUCUCCGACGGCUGCCUCCAGACGCCCGAGCACGCCGCGCACCCGGACGCCAACCCGUACCUCACCUCGCCCGCGGCCUUCUUCUACAUCGUAAAGUACCCGCCCGACUUCGCCUUCUUCAGCUUCACCCUCGCGGGGACCUUCUUCCUCCUCGCCCUCUUCGCCGCGGUCCCGCCGGCGCGCGCGGCCAGGUGGCUGCCCGUGCUGCUCGCGUACGGCACCUCGGCGCUCUUCUUCUACGUCGUGCACAUGUUCAUCCUCAUGAGCCUGUGCGUGCUGCUGGUGAGCCUCACCGGGCACGACACGGGACGGCCGCCGCCGCCGGAUGGGAGGCCUGCCGAGGGCGUCGACAACCUCUGGGUCUGGUUUCUCAAUUGGGCGUUUGUGAUGGCCGUCAUGUAUCCGUUGUGUAAGUGGUACAGCGCGUUUAAGAAGAGGAGGGGCGCGGACUCGGUGUGGAGGUUCUUUUAG